AUGCGCAUGCCCUCUCUCCUCGUCCUCAUUUCCGCCGUUAGCUUUGUCUCGGCAGGCGAUAUCUGCACCUACACCUCCCGCAGCUGCAUCGGGUCAUUCGGUUGCUGUUAUGGCAUUGCACAGAAUACUUGCUGCAACUGGCCAAGCAAUUAUGGCUGGUCGGUGAAGUUCCAGAAUAUGCCUAUGACAUCGACUUGGUUUGGCAAGACGUUCGGCACCUCGACGUGCUCCACUCAGACAGGUGGUGGAGGUUCCUCCUCUGGAACUAUUUGUACCAGCGUUUUCAAUGGACCGACCUAUUCCAACUGGUUGUCUGCCAACUGGAAUGCAGGCACUGGCAUGAGGCGCGAUGCUGAAGCCCGUGACGAUGCCGAUUGUGUCCGGCCAAAUGUGAUUGGGUUCACCACUGAGGACGGGGUGGAGCAUCUUGUCAAGGUUCCCGAAGGGAAGUUCGAUGAAGUCAACGAGUGGGUCAAGAGUGACGACUUUUCCAAGCUUCUUGAGCUCGAGACUGUCUGA